AUGGCCGCCUCCAUAUCAGAGGACAACAAAUAUCUCUUGGAACCACUCUCCCUCAAACUGAGUACCCUGAGCUAUGAAAUUAGCAUUAAUGCUGCACUAUUUUAUGAAAACAAAAACGUGAGGGAAUAUGUCUCCUUGGUGCCCACUUCUGCCCACUCAGGAGAUGGCAUGGGCAAUUUGAUUGCCUUACUUUGUGAGCUGGCCCAAACCAUGAUGGCCAAGAGACUGGCCUAUAGUGAGGAACUCCAAGCCACAGUCAUGGAGGUGAAAGCCUUGCCUGGCUUGGGUACCACAUUAGACAUUAUCCUGGUGAAUGGUUCAAUUCGGGAGGGAGACCAGAUCAUCGUCCCGGGGACAGAAGGACCCAUAGUCACUCAUAUCAGAGGACUACUGAUGCCCCAGCCAAUGAAAGAGCUAAGGGUCAAGUCUAACUGGGAGCAUCAUAAAGAGGUGAAGGCCGCUCAGGGGGUCAAGAUCAUCGCCAAGGAUCUGGAGAAGUCCCUCGCGGGUCUCCCCAUGUACGUGGCCAAGAAGGACGAUGAAGUGGAGUAUUACAAGGAGGAACUGUCUGCGGCCCUGAAAGAGGUUCUGAGUAGCAUUAAGCUGACAGAAAGAGGAGUCUUUGUCCAGGCGUCCACUUUAGGGUCACUGGAAGCUCUACUAGAAUUCCUACGGACUUCUAAAAUUCCUUAUGCGGGCAUUAAUAUUGGUCCAGUGCACAAGAGAGACAUCAUGAAAGCAUCUGUAAUGUUGGAACAUGACAGUCA